AUGGGUGAUUUGUCAUCCAAAACGGGCUGGUGGGCUUGGUCGACCAAGAAGAAGGUUCUUAUCUUUGGAACCAUCGCUCUUGUCAUCGUUGCUCUAGGUGUCGGCCUAGGCGCCGGACUAGGAAUUGGCCUCAAGAACAGCGGAGACGAUGACAAUAAUAACGAUAAUGAGGGCACCGGUUCCGGCCCGACAAACACGACAACACCAACAAAUACAACCGUGAAAUGGCAGCCAGCUGUCGGCAGCAAGUGGCAGAUUAUACUGAAGUCGGAGGAUGGUGCACCCAUCUCCACCUCAGUGGACGCACCAAUCUACGACAUUGAUCUCUUCGACAACAACAAAACCGUCAUCUCAGAUCUCCAGAAAAUGGGCCGCAAAGUGAUCUGCUACUUCUCGGCCGGCUCGUUCGAGGACUGGCGCAAGGACGCCGGCGACUUCCACCCCGCAGAUAAGGGCGAGAAUCUCGACGGAUGGCCCGGCGAGAAAUGGCUCAACCUCACGUCCCCCAACGUGCGCAAAAUCAUGCAGGCGCGUCUCGAUGUCGCAGUGGAGAAGGGCUGCGACGGUGUUGAUCCUGACAAUAUCGACGGGUACGACAAUGAGAACGGUCUUGAUCUCACCAAGGCUCAGGCUAUCAACUACGUGAACUGGCUUGCUUCUCAGUCUCACAGCCGCGGUCUCUCGGUUGGAUUGAAGAAUGGCGCAGAUAUUAUCGACUCUGUCAUUGAUAACAUGCAAUGGUGUGUCAAUGAGCAGUGUGCCGAGUACGAGGAGUGUGAUACCUAUGCGUCCUUCAUCGAGGCGGACAAGCCUGUCUUCCAUAUCGAGUACCCCAAGGGCGGUUCUACCAACAACAAUAAGUCGGUGACGAGCAGCCAGGCGAAAUCUGCUUGUACGGCCAACAGCUCUGGAAACUUUUCAACUGUUAUCAAAAACAUGGACUUGGAUAAUUGGGUUGAAUACUGCCCGUGA